UCUUAAUCUUAUCUGUCAAAUGAUUUCAUAUUAAAACAAUGAAUUCUUCUAAUAGAUUUUCUCCGUCUGGUUAUUUCGGUGGAUCUGUCUUUUUCAUGGACUUUGCUGGUUAACUAAUCUCCUUUUUUUGUUUCCUUUUACAUCCCUUUCCUCCCCCCGAAGCCGCGUUUGGAAAAAAUCGAUCCUUUUCUUAUUAUUUAAAUAGUUUAUUGAAUCCGCGAAAGCCGACGAGUUCUAUAUGCGCAGCUUCUCUCACGCAUCGUUUCUGGUAUAUAAACGUGUGCGUGUGUUUGAAUUGAACGCACGCAUAUGUUCUUCUCUGCAGCUUCUCUGGAUAGCUUUCUCUAUUAGCUUGUGGGAGUUCAACAAAGUAAAAAAGAUAAAAAAAACAUGCUGGAGAAGGAGUUUUUCACGGAGUAUGGAGAAGCCAGUCAGUAUCAGAUACAGGAAGUGGUCGGAAAAGGAAGCUACGGCGUUGUAGCCUCGGCCGUGUGCCCGCACACGGGAGAGAAAGUGGCGAUAAAGAAGAUGACGAACGUGUUCGAACACGUGUCCGACGCCAUACGGAUACUCAGAGAGAUAAAGCUCCUCAGACUUUUAAGACAUCCUGACAUCGUGGAGAUAAAGCACAUAAUGCUGCCUCCUUGUCGGAAGGAAUUCAAAGAUAUUUAUGUAGUUUUUGAGUUGAUGGAAUCGGAUCUUCACCACGUCCUUAAGGUAAAUGACGACCUCACUCCUCAGCAUCAUCAAUUCUUCUUGUACCAACUUCUCCGUGGUCUCAAGUUCAUGCACUCGGCUCAUGUUUUCCAUAGAGACCUGAAGCCCAAGAACAUCCUUGCUAAUGCUGACUGCAAACUCAAGAUUUGUGACCUUGGGCUCGCUCGGGUCUCUUUCACCGAUUCCCCUUCAGCUGUUUUCUGGACUGACUACGUUGCUACGAGAUGGUAUCGUGCUCCCGAGCUCUGUGGUUCUUUCUAUUCUAACUACACACCGGCAAUUGACAUGUGGAGCGUCGGCUGCAUAUUUGCGGAGAUGCUCACUGGAACACCCUUGUUUCCGGGCAAGAACGUUGUGCAUCAGCUUGAACUUGUCACUGAUCUUCUUGGCACUCCGUCCCCGGAAACUAUAACAAGGAUUCGGAAUGAGAAGGCUAGAAAGUAUUUAAGUAACAUGAGGCGAAAGGAACCUGUUCCUUUCUCCCAAAAAUUCCUCAAUGUCGAUCCCGUGGCUCUGCGUCUGCUUCAGCGUUUGAUCGCGUUUGACCCAAAGGACCGUCCCUCUGCAGAAGAGGCGUUGGCUGAUCCGUAUUUUGAAGGGUUGGCAAACGUGGUGUACGAACCCUCAAGGAAGCCGAUAUCCAAUCUUGAAUUCGGGUUUGAGAGGAGGAAAUUGAGCGGGGAAGAUGUUAGAGAGCUCAUGUACAGAGAGAUAUUAGAGUAUCAUCCACAGAUGCUGCAAGAGUAUCUGCAUGGAGAAGAGCACAUCAACUCUCAUUUUCUAUAUCCAAGCGGAGUAGAACAGUUCAAACAACAGUUUGCCCGUCUCGAAGAACAACAUGAUAAGGACGAAGGAAACUCCCCGCCGGUCCAAAGAAAGUACUCAUCUCUCCCCAGGGAACGCGUCUGCUCACCGGAAGAUCAAAGGGUGACAUCACCUUCAAAGACUCCAAACGAAACGGAAGCACAGAGGAUGCAGGAGAAAGCGGCUCCUCUGAAACGCUCUGGAUGUCUCCUGAGAAGCGAUAGUAUCUGCGCUUCAACAUGCGUGGCAGCCGCCAAAGAUUGUGACGUACUACUGGUCAAGUGAAAAUUUGAGUGUUUGUGUUAAAUGUGAACGUUGAAAUCAUCAUCAUCAUCAUCAUCAUAUAUCAUGUAAGGCUUUAAUGGGAAAGAUAUUCCAAUGGCAUAAUAUAAUUACUGACAGUGUUCCGGGAAA